CGACCCGGCAGAAAGACGGAGGCUGCCAUUUAUUUAGGCACAUUAAAGCCCUCACACCCAGAGCCCAGAGGUGUUGCAGAGAUAAGAGCCUCAGGAAUCACGGAUCUGCCACUACAACUGCACUUCUCCUCCAACCACAGAGGGCGCUACAACCAAAACAAAUGUUUCCCUCAUUAAUACAAGGCCCUUCUCGUCUGCUCUCGUCAGCCUGUACUGAAAACACAGGGGGAGGAACUUUGACCGGGGUUCUAGUGCUAGUUAGCAGCCUGCAAGCUGUUUUCUGUAUUAUUUUCAUAUUUCUCUGUGUUGUUUCAUAUGCAAAGAGAUGUGGUUUAUUUAUUUACUCAGCUGGCUGUCGUUGGUGAUCCAGAUAUCCUUCGUCACUCUAGCAAUAGCUGCUGGCCUGUACUACUUGGCAGAACUAAUAGAAGAAUACACAGUAGCCACCAGUCGAAUAAUAAAGUACAUGAUAAUGUUCUCCACAGGUGUGCUGGCAGGCCUCUACGUUUUUGAAGGCUUCCCAGUGUUGAUGGUGGGAGUCGGCCUCUUCACCAACCUGGUGUACUUCGGCCUCCUGCAGACUUUCCCCUACAUACUCCUGAGCUCCCCAAACUUCAUCCUCUCCUGUGUGCUGGUGGUGGUGAACCAUUAUAUGGCCUUCCAGUACUUUGCACAAGAGUAUUAUCCAUUCUCAGAGGUGCUGGCAUACUUCACCAUCUGCCUGUGGGUAAUCCCCUUUGCCUUCUUUGUGUCACUGUCAGCGGGGGAAAAUGUGCUUCCGUCCACCAUGCAACAAGGAGAUGAUGUGGUGUCUAAUUACUUCACCAAGGGCAAGAGGGGGAAGAGGUCUGGGAUCCUCCUUGUGUUCUCUUUCCUCAAGGAGGCAGUGCUGCCUAGCCGACAGAAAAUGUACUGAGGAGCUCAGACUUGGGGCGCAGCCUCGGGUGUCAGGGGUGUCUGAGUGUGUGUAUGUGAGAGUAAGGGGGAAGCAGGAAGGACUAUGGAAAUUUGUUUUCUGGAUGGGACUAAAACGAAGCAGUGGCCAAAGUGGAAGAAGAGCACACGACGAAGACGGACCAAUGAACAGAACAGAGCUUCCUGCUGGACGAGCCCUCGAGUUUACACAGGCCAUGUCCGUCUCUCUUUGUCUUUCUGUCUGUCUGUACUGACUGCCAACAACAUCGCAUAGAGACCUCACUGAGGGGAUCUUGUCUGUAGCGCAGUGCUUUCUAAUUGUCAUGUUGGACUCCUCCAUUUUUUAAGCUUUGGUAUAAAAAUAUGUAAAGUACGUGCAGGGUCUGAAAUUAACAACCACCAAAAAACCUGUAAGUUUUGACUUUGGCAGAUAAAUCCUCAUCACUUUCUUCUUGAAAUGACCUCUGCUGUCAUUUGUGUGUUGCUCACACUUCAUCUGAUUCAAUACACAAAGUAGCAUUAGGAGACAAAAUAUGACUAGUAAAAACUUUACGGCUCCUUAGAUAAAGAAGGUGGGUUGAUGAUAAAUGAGACAGCUUUAAGGGCAAUUCCGCUAUUUUUAAUCCCGGAUCGUUUAAAUAAUAUGAUGCCUAAAUGACUAAUAGAUACAAAAAGUUUUGGAGUUGGUCCAGUAGAUCACCUCACUCACCAACACUGUGAUUUUUUUAACAUGUUAUUUCAGAUCUGAAGUAACCCUUUAAAACACCAAAGUCACAAAAUACAACACAAACUAACUCGCCGAUCGAGGCAGCGGUAGACCAGCGACUCCUGUGUUCUCAAAGUAAUGUUUUUGUCAAUGCAGUGUGGUGGCUUAGAUCAGAGCGAUUUAACGGCUGUUUUUGGUCGAACAAAAAGGUCUGCCUCUGUAGGGAUCCUUUCCAUAAUGUUGUCAGACACUUAGAAUAACAAUCUGUGCCUGUCAGUGGCAAAAACAAACACUUUUAGUGGAAAUACAUUCACCCUCCAAGGGUUUGUUGCAGCCAUUACAGUCUGUUUCGCGGCUACCAGCUGUGGCGAUCUAAUGGACCAAUUACAAAACUUUUUGUACUGACUUGUCAUGUAGACAGCAAAACAUAUAUAUAUAUAUAUAUAUAUAUAUAUAUAUA